AGUGUGUGCCGGCCGAAGAAGGCGGCGCGCCAAAGCCGCUGCACCGCCUGAAGCGCAACCCAUCCACUUACCACCACUUCACCCUUUCUAACCCCUCUGUCUCCCCCCUACCUCCUCCAUCUCUCUCCCCCCCUCCAGAGUGUGUGCCGGCCCAAGAGGGCGGCGCCCAAGCCGCUGCACCGUCUGAAGCGCAACCCGCUGAAGAACCGCACCGCCAUGGCCGUGCUCAACCCCUCCUGCUGCUCCCUGCCUGCUCUCCACCUCCCUUGCUCCCCAGUGUGUGCCGGCCGAAGAGGGCGGCGCCGAAGCCGCUGCACCGUCUGAAGCGCAACCCGCUGAAGAACCGCACCGCCAUGGCCGUGCUCAACCCCUUCGCCGCCGACAAGCGCAAGCAGCUCGCCGAGGCUGCUGGCCAGCCCAAGGCCAAGAAGGCCCGCGAGACGGAGGAGGCCAAGAAGGCGGGAGAGGCGUGGUACCAGACCAUGAUUUCAGACUCGGACUACCUCGAAUUCGAAAACUUCACCAAGUGGCUCGGCGUGCGGAUGCACCUUCCUGUUACCUUCUCUCGAGCCGCGCCUCCUGCUGCUGCUUCUGCCUCGGCAUCUGCUGCAGCCGCGCCGGUCAACGGAUCUGUGACUAUGGAGGGAGUGACUAUGCGCAUCCCGCCUCCCCCGCAUCCCACGUGUGACGUGAUGAUGGCCGUGAAAGCCGCUCUGGACGAAGACGCAGGCAAUCUCGGGGACGUCACGAGUCUGGCGACCAUCCCAGCGGGCACGCAGGCGAGCGCUCAGUUCCUGGCGAAGGAGGGGGGCGUCCUGGCGGGCACUGCCCUCGCCACCGCCGUGUUCCGACUGCUUGAGCCCAGCAUUCAGGUGGAGUGGAGCAAGGAAGAUGGGGACACGGUGGAGAAGGGAGAGGUGUUUGCCACGGUGCAAGGGUCGGCACAUGCCAUCCUGCAGGGCGAGCGCGUGGCACUCAACUUCAUGCAGCGCAUGAGCGGCAUUGCCACGUCCACCAGGGCCAUGGUAGAGGCAGCCCGCCCUGCCACCGUGCUAGAGACACGCAAGACCGCCCCGGGACUCAGAAUCACAGACAAGUGGGCGGUGCUGAUAGGAGGCGGGCAGAACCACCGAGUGGGGCUGUACGACAUGCUGCUGGUCAAGGACAACCACAUCGCUGCUGCUGGCGGUGUGCCCGCCGCCAUCAGCUCUGCCAGAGAGUACAUUCGAUCCAACGGCCUGGAUCUCCCGGUGGAGGUGGAGGCCCGCACCCUGGAUGAGCUCCAGGAGGUGCUGAGGUGCCGUGGCGAGGGAGUGGGGCGGGUGACGAGGGUGAUGCUGGACAAUAUGGUGGUGCCGCGACGAGGGGGAGGGGAUGGCGGGGGCGCAGUGCAUGUGGAUGUAACCAUGCUGCAGCAGGCAGUGGAUCUGGUGAAAGGACAGCUGGAAACGGAGGCGUCGGGCAACGUGACUUUAGAGACUGUCGGUGCUAUUGCUGCAACCGGUGUUGAUUUCAUUUCAAG